AUGUUGAAGAGCUUCGCCCGAUUGUUCACCAGUGGGCCCAGCGCUACUGCCGCUAGUUCGUCGGGGUCGGCGACCAAGAUUAACCCCAAGUUGGCUGCCAAGCAGUUCAUUGCUGAGGAUGCCCCCCGGAAUAAAGCGCGGAUUCUCCGUCGUAAGGAGACCCGUCUCAAGAAGCAAAUUGUCAGAGAUGUCAAUAACUUCAAGAAGCUUUCUCAAAGAAAUGAAAGAUUUUCAGUCGACCCUGUGUUAGGCCGUGAUACUGGGUUCAUGACUCGAGUUCGUAUGGAACUUGGCAACGACGAGCUGCGGCUUGCCUACGGCUACUCGCGGGAAGAGUUUGAAAAAUUGGUUUACGGCGCCGAAAAAGUGGCUCUGGGUAAGCUGGGACUUGACUCGAUUAACGAAGCGACACGUCAAGUGGAGGAACGUAAAAAGCGUGCUUUACUCACCAUUUUGAAUUUGAAAAAUACCAACACCAAAGAUAAGCGGAAGAUGGCGAUUAGCAUUGCCCGCAAAGAGUUUGAGAGAUUUGAUGGCGAUACUGGUCUGUCGGAAGUGCAGGCAGCUGUCGCUACCAUCAAGAUUCAUUUCGGCAUGGAUCACAUCAAGAAGUUCCCUAAAGAUAAGCUGCACAUUCAAGCGGUACGCGAAUUGGUACAGCAGCGCCAGCGUAUUCUCAAGUACCUCAAAAAGGACGAUCCCGAACGGUACUAUUACACCAUUGCUAAGUUGGGCUUAGCCGACGACUGCAUUACGAAGGAAUUCAAUAUGGGCCGUCAAUACUUCCAAGAUUACAAGGUGUGGGGCGACAAGCAAUUGAUUAAGUUGUCGAAGAAGCAACAGUUGAAGGCUGACAAGUUGACCGAAUUGCAAAAGCGUGUCGAAUCUUACAACCAAUUGGCCAAGGUCAACCACGAAAUUUUGGAGGGCAAGAGGCCGGCUCCUUACAAAUUCAAGAACAUGAAGAAGUAA